AAGGGGGGGAAAACGAAACAUUGAAAACGCAGUUUGAGUUUCGAGAUUGUUGCUGCUGCUGCCGCCUCCAAAACUAACGAAAAAGGAACACAAGAGACAACAGACAACCACCCCCGCUCCCCACUCCAACUACACACACACAGAGAGAGAUCAACAACAACAAAGCAAAGAGCGAGAGAGAGAGAGAGUCAGCUUGCCAGCAGCUGAAAACAUAUGAUUUUUGUUUGUGUUGUUGUUUUUGCGCGCGCUCUUCUUCUACACGGCCAGAGCAAGCGGACCAACUGAGAACGGGGAACGGGCGAAUCGAACGAGUGGCCGGAACGAUUGGAAUUGUUGUGUUGUUGUGUUUCAGCUGCUCUGCUGACGGAACAACGCAAGUGUUGACAACAAGGCGCGCAGCGGAAGAGGCAGAAGCAGAGGAAGAAGCAAACGAGAGUAAAUAGGCAGAGCAGCAAAACAGAGCGACUGAUAGAAAGGGACACCAAAUAGCGAGAGAAGGAGAAGCAGCAACUGCAGAUCACAGACACUGUGUCUCCGGUGGCAGCGAGAACAGCUGGAAUAGCCAGCAGGGUCACUAGAGAGGAUUAGAGGAAGCCCCACCCACUGCCAAUCCACUGCCCUCCAGUGUGGAGGCACUGCAUCAGCGGCAGCAGCUGUGGUAGCAGCUAAAGAGGAGCGUCUCCGGCGGAGAGCAUCCGGCCAAUACCUUCCGGACAGCAUCCCCAGCACCGCCACAUCAUGUCCGCGGACUCGCCACGCCGCCAUCCCUCCGGCGUUGUCGUCGGCCUUGGAUCGGGUUCAGGGUCGGGGUCCGGGGCCGGAUCGGGAUCCGGCGGAAUGCGUGGCGCUGUGCCCGCCGUUGUGCCACCACAAACGGUAUCGGAUCGCUCGAUCCUGGACUCGGCCAUCGGGUUUAUCAACGAUGUCACGCUGGCCAAUCAGCCGGUGCAGGAUCCCAAGGACACCAUUACCUGGGCCCGCUUCGAGACCUGUGCCGAUGUGAGUGAUCCCCGGUUCGGCGACGACUGGGAGCUGGAGGGGAAUGCGGCACCGCCGCUCCUCCUCAUCCUUGGUUACGGCCUGGGCGUCCAGGUGUGGGCCAUUCCCGCCAACGGCGAGGCCGUCGAGGUGCUCUCCUGGCGACACGGCGUUGUCACUGCCCUCCGGGUGCUGCCCACGCCGGCUACAGCCCCCGCCUUGGAUGACAACGGUCGGGCGGACGAGCCGGUCGAUGGCUUCGCCGAGAAGCGUCCUCUGGUGGCGCUCGUCGACGGCGGCAGCGCAGCGGCCAGCGGUCUUCUAUCCGGCGGCCCAUCGGGACUAGGCGGCGGCCUGGCCAGCAGUGGCGGCUCAGCAGGACCCGCAUCCUCGGCGGCCGCCCAAUUCAGUGCCGUGAACUUCGUCUCCCUGAAGACGGGCGCCCAGGUGAAGACGAUCAAGUUCAAGAACGCCGUGCUGGACAUCCAGGCGAACCGGUCAGCGGUGGUCAUCACCUUCCACGAGCGGAUAGCCGUGUUCGAUGCCAGGACGCUGGAGGACCGCCUUACCAUAACCACCUGCUAUCCCAGCCCGGGGAUCAAUCCCAAUCCCAUUGCCUUGGGACCGCGCUGGCUGGCGUAUGCGGAGCACAAGCUGCUGCACUCGAAGCGCAGCGGCGGCGGCUGCGACGGCGAGGGCGUCCCCAGUUACACCGCCACCGUGCUCAACGCGGCCAAGUCCCUGGGCAAGGGCCUGCGGGAGUUUGGUGAGCAGGUGGCCGCCGGACUCACAGGCACCACCGCCGGCAGCGGCGCCAGCUCCAAGAGCAGUAGCUUCGACUCGGCUAGCGGUGGACCGGAUGCCAAACAGUCGGGUGUGGUGACCAUAAUCGAUGUCAAGCAUCCCGUCAAGGACUAUAGUCCCACGUCGGGGACACCGCUGAGCUCCAGUGGUGGCGCCCAAGCUGGCGGCGAUCCCAUCGUGGCACACUUUGUGGCCCACAGCGAGGCUUUGGUGGCCAUGGAGUUUGAUAGCUCCGGGAUGUUGCUCCUUACGGCCGACCGGCGGGGUCAUGACUUCCAUGUGUUCCGGGUGCAGCCGCAUCCGGUGGGUAGCAGCCUGGCCGCCGUGCACCACCUGUACGUGCUGCAUCGGGGCGAUACGAGCGCCAAGGUGCAACAUAUUGCCUUCUCGCUGGACUCGCGCUGGGCGGCCGUGUCGACGCUGCGCGGCACCACCCACGUCUUCCCCAUCACGCCCUACGGCGGCGCCAUGGGCGUUCGCACCCACACCUCGCUGCACGUGGUCAACAAGCUGUCGCGCUUCCAUCGGAGCGCCGGGCUGGGCGCCGACGGUCGCUCCAGCUCCCCGAUCUCGCACUCGGAGAGCAUGACGUUCGUCCAGUCGCUCCAGCCGUACCACAAUCCCACGCUGCCCCCCUACCCGCGGCCAUCGGUGGUCCAGCCACUGGCCCAGCUGCGUCAGCCCUUCACGCUGGGCACACCGCCCGGAUCGGCGGGCCUGGGCGUGGGCAUUGGCGGCGGUGUCGGUGUCGGCGGCGGCAUGACCUCGGGUGUCAGUUCGGGCGUUCAUGGAGGGGUCGGAGGCGGCGGCAGUAGCAGCCAACGGCAGCGACAGCGCCUCUCCUCGCUCUCGGACGACAGCGGGAAGCCGUUGAGCGUCUGCUCCAUAUUCGCCAAGUCGCGAUCCUGGCUACUGGAACCGCCCACGGCGACCAGAGAGGCACCGCAUCGCGUCCAGCGAAAGGCGGUGGACUCGCUCUUCGUGAUGGCCGGCCAUGGGGCGCUCAUCCAGUACGAUCUGGACACGAAGCUACCCUCAAAUGUUGCCAAAGAGAAGAUUUGUGAUGACACGCCCAUCGAACUGGAGGUGGAGGCCCGGGCCCAGUGGAAUCUGGGCAGGCGCAAGGAUGGAUCUCAUGAAAUCAAACCACCGCUGGCGCUGGACAACUGGCUGAUCAAGGAUCGCCAUGCCAGCCUCCUGCUGGACAGCGCCCAUCAAUUCGACGAGCCGGACGAGCGGGCCGAGAGCUGGCUAGCCCAGGUGGAGAUUAUCACGCAUGCGGGUCCCCAUCGUCGGCUCUGGAUGGGACCGCAGUUUGUUUUCAAAAACUACAACACGCCCAGUGGUUCCAACCUGAACCAUGUGGACGCGGAGGCUGUAGAGAUUGGCGUCACCAAGACGUCUAGCACAACGCUGCCUUCCACAGCAGCCGGCUCCUCAUCCUUGGCCACUGGCUCUGGUGCCGCCAAGGAUCGAUCCAGUCCCCUGAACAUGCCGCUGAGUGCCGCCGCCGCAGCUGCCGCCUCGGUGGGAGCAGUCGGCGUGGGUGGUGGCGGCGGAGGCUCAUCCCUGACAAGUCGCAGUGGUGCCGGUGUGCCUGUGCUCAUUGAAUCGGGCUCAUACAGCAGCAUCGAGCAGAGUCCCAAGCUGAUGGAUCGCUUCCGGCACGGCCAUUUGGAUUCGGAUUACGGACAUGGGGACACGCGUCUCAAGGAGGAUCUGGCAGAUGCUAUGCGGGAAUCGCCAUCAACGGCGGCGGCGCGACGCGAGACAUCCGCCGGUUCCGGAGUUCCGAUCGCUUCCGACUACGUCCAUCGCUCCGCUUCGGGCCCUGGCCGAUCCUCGCCAGCCGGCAGCGUGGAGGCUAUGGCGACCGUGACUAGCUGUGAUAAUGCCUGCUACUACGAUGCCCUGGCCGAGCACGAGACGAGCCCCAACGAUCUGGGCCUGGACGAGGCCGAGGAGCAGGAGCAGGAUGUCGAGGGUGGCGCCUCCGCCAUUGCCGCCCUGGCCUCGGUGCUGCCGAACAUCUGUAGCUAUUCGCGGGUGGAGAAGAUGGUGAAUCCAUUGGGCACGGUGACGGACCUGAAUGCCGGCAUCUCCGGGGAGCUGCAGACGGACAUGCUGGACGAGGUGGUCGGCCAGUUGGCCGCCGAGGAGACCGUUAUCCAUGAGAACUGUGACGAGGCCCUCUUCCGGCCGGUGGUGGCCAUUUUCUGCAACGAUCCGGUCGAGCGACGGAAGCUCCUGGCAAAGGGUGAGAAGGACGUGGGUGACAAGGAGGCCCCGGAUGCAGGGGCCAGUUGCCAGCCCCCAGUGGUCCUGGGGAACAAGCUGAUAGUGCCUGUCAUUGCCAAGGAGGUGGACGAGGUGCUGGUCCAGAAGGAGAAGCAGAAGACCCAGAAGCAAUCGCACAAGAAGCAGCAGAAGCAGCAGCAGCAACAACAACAACAGAAGGAUUCCCUGAGGUCCUUGGCGGCUGCUGAGGAUGCUGCUCAGGCCCAGAGAUUUGCGGAACUGUCUCAUCUCAACAAGCCGAAGGGUAAUCCGGGCAAGAGCUCCAGCCAGAAGAGCGGGAGCGGUACCUCCGAGGACGAGGCCACUUCAGUCACCAUUUCCUUGACGAAGUCCACCAAGAAAUCCAAGGGAGGCAAGUCAAAGGUGGCUCUAAAAGCUCCGGAGAAGAAGGAGCCCGAGGAGAAAAAGCCCGAGGAGAAGAAGCCCGAAGAGUCGGAUGGGGAAUCGGAUCAUGCGGACAGCUUGCUGGCCAACAAGGGAAGCAUUGCGGCCGUCAUGGUGAGCAGUGCCAGUGCCCAGGGAUUGAGUCUGCACGUCGAGACGGAGGAGGAGGAAGAGGAGCAGCCCUUGGUGGCAGAUUCCUGGGAUAAGGAGGACACCGAGGAGGAGCAGAAGGAGGAGGAACCUCAGCCCGUAAAGGUGGUAACUAAGAGAAAGCAGACAUCGGGAGCCACAGCAACCAUGACAAUCGAAAAGAGCAAGGAUAAGAGCAAAGAGAAGGAGAAAGAGAAGGAAAGAGAGCGCGAGGAGAAGCUUAAAGAGAGGGAGCGGGAGAAGGAAAGAGAGCGCGAGGAGAAGCUUAAAGAAAAGGAGGAAAUGGAGAAACAAAAAGAAAAAGAAAAGCAGGCGAAGCUCAAGGAAAAGGAACGAGAGGAGAAGCAAAAAGAAAAGGAAAGAGAAGAAAAGCUCAAGGAAAAGGAGAGAGAGGAGAAGGAGAAACAAAAGGAGAGGGAGGCGAAGCUCAAGGAGAAGGAACGGGAGGAGAAACUCAAAGAAAAGGAAAGGGAGGCGAAGCUCAAGGAGGAGAAGCAAAAGGAGAAGGAAAGAGAGGAGAAGCAGAAGGAAAAGGAACGAGAGGCCAAGAUCAAGGAGAAGGAGCGCGAGGAAAAGGAGAAGGAAAAACUGAGAAAACAGAAGGAAAAAGAACGCGAAGAGCAGCUCAAGGAAAAGGAACGCGAAGCCAAGCUAAAGGAGGAGAAGCUGAAGGAGAGAGAAAAAGAAGAAAAGCUUAAGGAGAAGGAAAAAGAAGAAAAGCUCAAGGAGAAAGAGAGAUUAGAAAGAAUUAAAGAGAAGGAAAGGGAAGAAAGGAUCAAGGAGAAGGAGAAAGAGGAAAGAAUUAAAGAAGAGAAAUUAAAAGAAAAGGAAAAGGAGGAAAAGCAAAAGGAGAAGGAGAAGGAGAAAGAAAAGGCGGAAAAGCUUAAAGAAUUGGAAAGAGAAAAGGUAGCGAAGCUUAAAGAGAAAGAACGCGAGGAAAAAGAGUCUGAGAAGAAGCUGAAGGAGAAAGAAAAGGAGAAGGACAAAAAGGGCAAGACCCUGGAGAAGGAGAAACCUGUAGAGAAGACGAAACCCCAGCAAGAUUCACCCUCCGCCUCCGCCUCCAGCUAUGUGGUUAAGGUCGUGGAGACGGCCGCCAAUCCUCUCAAGAAACCAGUGGCUGUCCCCCUGCCCGCCAGUCCCUGGAAACGAGUCUCCGCCGAAGAGACACCAGCCAAACUGCCGGCAGUCCUGGACUAUCCCAGUCUGGGCAACAAGAAGACCACCAAGAGUCCGGAGAAGAAGCGGGACGAGAAGCUAUUGCCCGGACUGAUCACUCCACCCAAGGAGGAGUCACGGUCGCCAGGGGCUGCGGCUGUCAAAGACAAUUUCGAGGACUUUCUCAGUGGCCUGAAGCCACUAGAGGCACUGCCACCGCUGCCGGCUCUGGAGCCCCUGGAACCGCUGGGGGCGUCCAAGAAGGAUGCGGACAAGGACACCCAGCUCAGUCUGAUCAAUUUCGAGAGUCCGCUGCUGGAGAAUGCAGCGAUUCCCAGAACCAUUUCCCCGCCGCCCAGGGGCUUUACCGAGCAGACUCUGGUCCUGGCACUUUGCGGCUCCCUGCACUACGAAAACGAGCAGGAGAGGAUCAAGGAUCAGGACCUGGACCAGGAGCUGGAACUAGAGAAGGAUGGGGAGACGGAACCGGAACCAGAGUAUCUGCCCUUGAGUACGCUGGCCCUGCAGAAGUCCACAUCCACUUCGAAUAACUCCUCGGGCUCUGAGGAGAUCGUCAUCAUGGAGGAGCCGGCCAAGAAACUGAGCAAGAAGCACAAGCGCCUGAAGCAGCUCCAGCUCCAGCAGCAGCAGCGGGAGAGGGAGCGCGAGCGGGAACGGGAGCAGGAGAGGGAGCCGGAUGACGAGGAACUGCGUCCGCUGAUCAGUGUCAGCAUGUGCGAUUCCCAGCUAGAGAUGCCGGAAGGCGGGAGCAAGACCACGCCCGAGGACAAUGAGCAGCUGGAGCCGCAGGAACCGGAACCGGAGCAAUCCCUGCCCGAGGACCUGCUUCACUUCGGCAGCAGUGGCGUUGCCAUGGGCGCCCUGGUGGCCACCGCAACCACCACCACUUCCACCACAACGGACAGCGAAGGACCCGUGCCGGCCACCACUUCCGACGACAACCUCGUGUACGGCUCCUCCUCGACGAGCAGCUCCACGCCGCACAAGCUCAAGACCAAGAAACUGGAGCACAAGAUCAAUCUUAUUGCCGCCAUCGAGGCGGCCACCUCCUCCUCGACGUCCUCGGCGGAGGAGAGCAGUGUGGAGACCACAGUUCAUCCGGAUCCCACGGGUCUGGGUCUUGGCACCGUAUCCCAGGCCGCGGGUGGAGCCUCCGCCGGUGCUGGUAGCUCGGGCGCCAGUGGAACGGCCGGUUCGUCGCUUCCCGCCGCCCCCGGCAGCGUCACCGCUGUGGGCCUGGGGGUGGGCGUGGCCAGCCCGCCGAGUGCCACAAAGAAAAAGACGAAGCGCCGCAAGAGAUAAGAAUUAGCGAUUUGUUUGCUGUGCGUCUUCAGCUUGGUGGUCCUGUGGCAUCUGUAUGCGAAUCGGGAGGAUCCCGGCCAUCGGAUAGCCACCGCCCAGGCGCUGCAGCAGUCGCCGCCGUUUUUGUCCCAGCCGUCACAGGGUCCGGUUAGGGAACCAGAUUCUGGACAAGGACAAGGUUCAGUACCAGGACCAGGACCGGGACCAGGACCGGGAGUAGGACCAGAAGAUCAGGUCCUAAAACCGGACAGAAGCAGCGGACAGUAGCCAAGUCGAGACAGCAGCAAACAUCCCCCCUUCACACCCUCACUCUCUCUUAGGAGAUCUACCCUCCCCUUGGAAUCCUUGCCAGAAAAUGGCUUAGAUCCUUGCAAGGAUCAUAAACAGAUUCUAGAAAAAAAAAAAUGAGAAAUAUAUCACUCUU